AAAAGAACUUGGCCGUGAACUUGACGGAGCCGCUGCAACAACACUUCCUGAAUCGUUUGCUGACUUUGUUCUAAUUCUGUUUUUUUCACUUCGCUUUGUUUUCUGUUCAUGUAGCAUAAAUGUGGAAACGUUCUCGCAGAGCUUCGGGUUUCGGCACCUUCUGCCUUUGCGUUCAUUGCUAGGCGAUGGACGGCCAGCAGAUUCAGGUGAGCGACGAAGAGCCCGUAGUCCUGCGAGAAGAGACCCGGAGGAGGAGGAGAAAGAAAGCCAUCACGUCGUCCUCCUGCUCCUCCAUGGAUCAGAUCAACAUUGAGUUCAUCCUGCCGACUACGGCCCGCGGUGGAAGCAGCCCGGACACCGUGCUACUGGAGGUUUCUGGAAACUGGACAGUGGAACAGGUGAAAGCUCAGGUAUGGUUGAGGGCCGUGGCCUCCAACCUCUGUCCUGACUUCUACCAGCGUUUUUCUCCUGACCACUGCAUCCUGCUCUACCAGAAGAAAGGCAGCGUGUGCGAGAUCUAUGACAAACACCAGGUCUUCCAGACACUGGAUUGCAUUCGUUACUGGAAAGCUCUGAAGAAGGACAUUGGUCGAAUUCAGUUGGUUCCCCGACCUCAGCCCUCAGACGAGUCUCUCCACUACCAACGCUACCUCAACCACCUGAUUGGGUAUGACGUGACAGAUGUGAGCAAUGUACAUGAUGAUGAGCUAGAGUUCACCCGCAGGAAGCUGCUAACUCCGCGGCGCAUUGAGCUGUCUGAGCGUGACCCAAGAGUCUACUCCAUGGAUCCCUGGGUGACCUGCAAGUUGCUCCCGGAGCAUUUGCUAAGCAAAGUCAAUAAUGGCUACAUCCUGGUGGUGAUCCACAUACGUUUGGCCAGUCAGACCAUCAAGGUGUCAAUAACUGACACUCCAUCACAAGUAUUGGCCAACUUUUUUGCCAAGACGGCAAAUAAGAGAGUUUUGCUGGGCAUCCCCGACAACGUGUGUGAGGCGGACUUUGUGCUUCGUGUAUGUGGCAGGGAGGAGUACCUGUAUGGGGAUAAACCGUUGCAAAACUUCAACUGGAUCCGUCAGUGCUUGAAGAACAAUGAGGAGAUCCACCUGGUUCUGGAGUCGUUGCCUGAUCCCGAUCUUGAUUUGGUUCAGAAGGAGGAUUGGGCUCAAGUGGAUGACUGCACUGGAGUAGCAGGUACCCAUGAGCAGUUAACCAUCGACGAGAAGGACCAUGAACGUGUGUUCACCAUCUCCUUGUGGGACUGCAACAGAAAGUUCAGAGUCAAGGUGCUGGGCAUCGAUAUCCCAUCCUUGCCCAAAAUUCCAGAGCUGGUUGUCUUCAUAGAGGCUAGUAUCUUCCACGGCCAGCAGCUUUUAGCCCAGGAAAGGACAAUCUCCAAAAUCUUCACUGAGGAAGUCCUGUGGAACUGCUGGUUGGAGUUUAACAUUAAGAUCAGAGACUUGCCAAAGGGAACACGCCUCAAUCUCCAGGUUGUCUGUGGGAAGUCACCCCAGAUUGCAACCGCCAAAGGAGGUUCCAGCUACCUGGAUAAUACAGCAGGAGGAGGGGCCAACUAUGAUGGGAAGACCAAGAGUCGUCUUCUGUACUAUGUCAACCUGCUGCUGAUUGACCAUCGCUCCCUGCUUCGCCAGGGUGAGUACAUCCUUCACAUGUGGAAAAUGCCGGAAAAGAGUGAGGAGAGCAGCAGUAGCAUCAAUGCAGACAAACUCACCUCCGCCACCAACCCAGACAAGGCCUCCUCCAUGGCCAUCACCAUUUUACUGGACAAGUACUGCUACCCCGUGGUGCUGCCCAAGAGCCGCGAUGCAGGCCGAGACCUUGGCCCCGGAGCCGGAGAAGGUGAAGGAGGAGAAAGAGCUCAAAGAGAGAUGCCAAACCACCUCAAGAAACAGUUUGAGGCCAUCGUGGCAACUGACCCCCUACAUCCUCUUAGUCCUGAAGACAAGGAGCUGCUUUGGCACUUCAGACACGAGUGUAUGCGCCACCCCAGGGCCUAUCCAAAGCUGUUGAGCUCCAUCAGGUGGGGGAAACAGGAAGACGUUUUGGCGACACACUGUUUGUUGGAGCGCAGCAGUGCAUGGGACAGCAGUGGUCUGGAUGUUGGCCUGGCCAUGCAGCUGCUCGACUGCCAUUACUCAGACGCUCAAGUUCGCUCCAUGGCUGUCAGGAAGCUGGAGACUCUGGAAGAUGAUGACGUGCUCAGAUACCUCCUGCAACUUGUACAGGCAGUCAAGUUUGAGCCGUAUCACGACAGCGCUCUGGUCAGGUUCUUGCUGAAGAGAGCCCUGAGGAGUAAGCGUAUAGGACAUUUUCUCUUCUGGUUCCUGCGCAGUGAGAUCGCUCAGUCCAUGCACUACCAGCAGCGGUACGCUGUGCUGCUGGAGGCCUACCUCAGGGGCUGCGGCGAGUCCAUGCUGCAAGACUUCAGGAAGCAGGUGCAGAUGACCGAGGCUCUGCAGAAGGUCACUAGGGAGAUCAAAGCCAUGUCUGCUGACAAGUAUGAUGUCACCGCACAAGUGGUGUUUCAGCUGCGCCAGAAGCUGGAGACUCUGCAGUCAUCUGGUCUUCCAGAAAACUUCAGAGUUCCUUAUGAUCCUGGACUGCGAGCUGGAGCUCUGCUGAUAGAGCAGUGUAAAGUGAUGGCAUCGAAGAAGAAGCCGCUGUGGUUGCAGUUUAAGCGGGCCGACCUCACCACCCUGUCCAAAGACCCCAUCGGCAUCAUCUUCAAAGAUGGUGAUGACCUCAGACAGGACAUGCUCAUCCUGCAGAUUCUCCUGAUUAUGGAGUCCAUCUGGGAGACUGAAUCCUUGGAUCUUUGUCUGUUACCGUACGGCUGCAUUUCCACCGGCAACAGAAUAGGUAUGAUUGAGAUCGUGAAGGACGCCACCACCAUCGCUAACAUCCAGCAGAGUGUUGUAGGAAGCACCGGAGCGUUUAAAGACGAGAUCCUCUAUCAGUGGCUGCGGGACAAAUGUGUCAGUGAGGACAAGUUCCAGCAGGCGGUUGAGAGGUUUCUCUAUUCGUGCGGCGGGUACUGUGUGGCCACGUACGUCCUGGGUAUCGGUGACCGCCACAAUGACAACAUCAUGAUCACAGAAUCUGGGAAUCUCUUCCACAUUGACUUUGGUCACAUCCUGGGAAAUUACAAGAGUUUCAUGGGCAUCAGUAAGGAGUGGGUUCCCUUUGUCCUCACGCCAGACUUCCUCUAUGUCAUGGGAACAUCGGGAAAGAAAAGCAGCCCACAUUUCCAGAAAUUCCAGGACGUGUGCGUGAAGGCUUACCUCGCCCUUCGCCACCACACCAACCUCCUCAUCAUCCUCUUCUCCAUGAUGCUAAUGACAGGUAUGCCUCAGCUGACCAGUAAGGAGGACAUCGAGUACAUUCGAGAAGCUCUCACCGUAGGCCGGAGCGACGACGAGGCACAGCGCCACCUACUGGACCAGAUAGAGAUCUGCCGAGAAAAAGGCUGGAUGGUUCAGAUCAACUGGUUUGUCCAUCUGGUGCUGGGGAUCAAACAGGGCGUGGAGAAAAGGUCCGCUUAAGAUGUCAAAAAAUUCCAUAAGAACACACAGAAUACACCCCCUUCCCCAUCAGAAAUGAUAUUUAUAUAAAAAAAUAUUGUGACUGGAUACUGAAAAGCAACAAAAACCAUGCACUUUGUUUUUAUAUCUUCUUUUAUGAAAAUGUCCUGAUACAUGACAGAAGAGGUGAUCCAUGUAAAACGGGCAUCAGAUCUGACUGGAUGUAAAUAAUCUGCAAUUCAGCUGUCGACAAUCUGGAAAAAACUGGAUUUUUAAAAAAAAUUUAAUAAGUGGUUGAAAUGAGAAAAAUAUAACAGAAAAAUAAUUGAGGUUUUGAACCUGUGUUGCUUCACAUCCAAACAGUUUCAUUUGGCACUGAGCUGCUUCCGUAUUGAUUCUCUGGAGUAGAAAAAAAAAACUUGCACAUUAGAAAAGCUGUUUAUAAUAACUCAUUGCACUCCUUUGGCGAAGUCAACCUACCGCAUCAAAUGGGAACAAAUUUUUUUAAACUCAUUUGACUAACGUGACACACAAGUCUUAACGAGUGCCACUCAUUUCUCUCCAUAACUUUAUUAAAUUUGGUGAUUCAGUGCCAUCAAAAACUUGAAUAAGAAGGAACUAUUUUGUGCUUGAAUGAAGACGGUGUAGCUAUCACAUAUUUGUCAACGUUUUUUUUAACGAUGGACAGAAACAAUAUAUUUUCCGUCUCACUGUGAAGUUAUGACUAAGGAACUAAACAGUUUUUGUUCAGUCAGAAAACUUAAAACUUGAGCAUUGUACUUCUAAACUCUUUAAAUAGCAUUUUUAACAUCAGGCUGCUUACUUAUUUUAUAAUCUCCAUGAAUAUAAAUGCAACACUUUUGAAUCAAUUUUGCACCAGAGUUUUAAAAAAAAAAAUUAAAAUUAAACAUCCUAAGAUCAUGUCUUGUAAAUUUCAAAUUUCUUUUUUUUUUUUUUUGUUGAAUUACUAUACAUAAUAGAUAUAAUGUUCCUCUAAAACCAUUUACAUUGAUAUGAAAACCAUUUCGGUUGUCAGAUUUCUAUUUAUUAAUUUACCAACUUUAACAUAUUUGAAAUGGUCAAUUGUUGCAUUUCUAUUCUUUGUCAGUGUCUGCAUGUUCGUGCAGAGGAAAUCCAGUUCUCAUGUUCAUGUUAUAUGAAUUUUUAAAUGUUUCAUUAAAUAUAACUGUCCUCU